UGGGGGUGCCGCCACCGCCUAGUCCGCCCUGCGCCCGCUCAGGUCCCGCCGCCGCGCUGUCGUCGCGGCGCCCCCGCCUGCUCCUCCACCCGCCCGUCCGCACCGCCCCCUGAAGCCGGCCGGCCGGGCCCGGAGGCAGGGCCGAGUCCUCGCCAUGCCGGCCCGGCGGCCGCUGGGGCUGCUGCUGCUGCCGCUGCUGGCGCUGCUGCUGCCCGGCCCUGGGAUCUUCGGCAGCCCCAGCACCGUCACCCUUCCUGAGACCUUGCUGUUUGUGUCUACCCUGGACGGGAGCUUGCACGCUGUCAGCAAGAGGACGGGCUCCAUCAAAUGGACUCUGAAGGAAGAUCCGGUUCUGCAGGUCCCAACACAUGUGGAAGAGCCUGCUUUCCUCCCGGACCCCAAUGACGGCAGCUUGUAUACGCUUGGAGGCAAGAACAACGAAGGGCUGACGAAACUUCCCUUCACCAUCCCCGAGUUGGUGCAGGCGUCCCCAUGCCGAAGCUCCGACGGGAUCCUGUACAUGGGGAAGAAGCAGGACAUCUGGUACGUCGUGGACCUGCUGACCGGGGAGAAGCAGCAGACGCUGUCGUCGGCCUUCGCGGACAGUCUCUGCCCUUCCACGUCGCUGCUGUACCUCGGACGCACAGAGUACACCAUCACCAUGUACGACACCAAGACGCGCGAGCUCCGCUGGAAUGCCACCUACUUUGACUAUGCCGCGUCGCGGCCCGAGGACGACCUGGAGCACAAGAUGUCCCACUUCGUGUCCAACGGCGACGGGCUGGUGGUGACCGUGGACAGUGAGUCGGGGGACGUGCUGUGGAUCCAGAACUACGGGUCCCCGGUGGUGGCCUUCUACGUGUGGCAGCGCGAGGGGCUGCGCAAGGUGCCGCACGUGAACGUGGCGGUGGAGACGCUGCGCUACCUGACCUUCAUGUCCGGCGAGGUGGGCCGCAUCACCAAGUGGAAGUACCCCUUCCCCAAGGAGACCGAGGCCAAGAGCAAGCUGACACCGACGCUGUACGUGGGGAAAUAUUCCACCAGCCUGUACGCCUCCCCAUCCAUGGUGCACGAGGGCGUAGCCGUGGUGCCCCGAGGCAGCACGCUUCCGUUGCUGGAAGGCCCCCAGACCGAUGGGGUCACCGUUGGAGACAAGGGGGAGUGUGUGAUCACGCCCAGCACGGACCUCAAAUUCGACCCCGCCCUCAAGGGGAAGAGCAAGCUCAACUACUUGAGGAACUAUUGGCUCCUCAUCGGGCACCAUGAAACCCCAUUGUCCGCAUCGACCAAGAUGCUGGAGAAGUUCCCCAACAACCUGCCCAAACACCGCGAGAACGUGAUUCCCGCCGACUCGGAGACAAAGAGCUUCGAGGAAGUCAUCAACCUUGUCGAUCAGGCGUCAGAGACGGCGCCCAGCACCCUGUCGCAGGACGUGGAGGAGAAGCUUGCCCACGCCCCUGCCAAGCCCGAGGCCCCCGUGGAUUCGGUGCUCAAGGACAUCGCCACCAUCAUCCUUAGCACGUUCCUGCUCAUCGGCUGGGUGGCCUUCAUCCUCACCUACCCCCUGAGCAUGCAGCAGCAGCAGCACCUCCAGAAGAUCCAGCUCCUGCACCAGCAGCUGCCCUUCCGCCCGGCGGGGGGCGAGGGGCCCGAGCCCCUGGACUCAUCCGGCCUGUACUCGGAGAGCUCAGCCACCAGCAGCCCCAACACGUCGCCCCGCGCCUCCAACCACUCGCUGCAUUCCAGUGGCUCCACCUCCAGGGGGGGCCCUGCCUCGGAGCAAGACGAGGAGGAUGAAGAAACCAGCAUGGUGAUGGUGGGGAAGAUCUCGUUCUGCCCCAAGGACGUGCUGGGCCAUGGAGCGGAGGGCACCAUCGUGUACCGGGGCAUGUUUGACAGCCGAGCUGUUGCUGUCAAGAGGAUCCUCCCCGAGUGCUUCAGCUUCGCCGACCGGGAGGUGCAGCUGCUGCGGGAGUCGGACGAGCACCCCAACGUCAUCCGCUACUUCUGCACCGAGCGUGACCGCCAGUUCCAGUACAUCGCCAUCGAGCUGUGCGCAGCCACACUGCAGGAGUACGUGGAACAAAAGGACUUUGCACACCUCGGCCUGGAGCCCAUCACCCUGCUGCAGCAGACCACGUCGGGCCUGGCACACCUGCACUCCCUCAACAUCGUCCACAGAGACCUGAAGCCCCACAAUAUCCUCCUUUCCAUGCCCAACGCGCACGGCAGGAUCAAGGCCAUGAUCUCCGACUUUGGCCUCUGCAAGAAGCUGGCCGUGGGCAGGCACAGCUUCAGCCGCCGCUCGGGGGUGCCAGGCACCGAGGGCUGGAUCGCGCCCGAGAUGCUCAGUGAAGACUGCAAGGAUAACCCUACCUACACCGUGGACAUCUUCUCUGCGGGCUGCGUCUUCUACUACGUCAUCUCCGAGGGCAGCCACCCUUUCGGCAAGUCCCUGCAGCGGCAGGCCAACAUCCUCCUGGGCGCCUACAGCCUCGACUGCCUGCACCCUGAGAAGCACGAGGACGUCGUCGCCCGGGAGCUGAUUGAGAAAAUGAUUGCCAUGGACCCUCAGAAGCGGCCCUCGGCCAAGCACGUGCUGAAGCACCCCUUCUUUUGGAGCCUGGAGAAGCAGCUCCAGUUCUUCCAGGAUGUGAGUGACCGGAUAGAAAAGGAGUCCCUGGAUGGUGCCAUCGUGCGGCAGCUGGAGAGAGGCGGGCGGGCGGUGGUGAAGCUGGACUGGAGGGAGAACAUCACCGUCCCCCUGCAGACAGAUCUUCGCAAAUUCAGAACCUAUAAAGGCGGCUCCGUCCGGGAUCUCCUCCGAGCCAUGAGAAAUAAGAAGCACCAUUACCGGGAGCUGCCGGCCGAGGUGCGGGAGACGCUGGGCUCCCUGCCUGAUGACUUCGUGCGCUACUUCACCUCGCGCUUUCCCCACCUGCUCACGCACACCUACCGCGCCCUGGAGCUGUGCAGCCACGAGCGCCCCUUCCAGCCCUACUACUCGCAGGAGCCCCCCGAGGCGCAGCCCCCCGCCACUCCCGAGGGCCUCUGAGCCCCGGCAGGUCCCGCCGUGG